AUGACAAAUAUCCGGAUGAGUUUAGCAAAUCCCAAAAAUGAUGAUAGCACUGCGGGCGCUGGACAUGUACAGUUUGAAAACAAGGUUCGGGUAAUGAAAGAAAUACGUCAACAAGUCAACGCAAAGGCCUUAAAGAAUAUAUCCAAGGCUCAACAACGUAUGAAGGCGAAUUACCACACGAAGCAUCAGGCUCCCUCCUUUAAAAGCGGUGACGAAGUUUUGCUCAAAUCAGUGAGAAAUGAUUCAAGGAAAGGUGGUAAACUAGAGUGUACUUGGACGGGACCAUAUGUUAUUUCCAAUUGCUUGGCAAAGGGACUUUACAAACUUGUCAAAGAUGGAAAGGAGUUGAAGAAGUCAUACAACGGUGUUCGGCUGAAGAAAUAUGCUAAACCAUAA